CCAUCCACAAGUUAACAGAAUCUCCCUGUCAUUUGACUCCCUCUUUUUGCCCUUCUCUUCCCCCUGUUUUAUAUUGUAAAUUCUAUCAAAUUCUGGGUUUCAUUCAGAUCUGAUUAAUGGGUUUGCACCUAUCCUGGUAGUGAUUCUAGGCAUGUUGUAAAGUUUCAAUCUUUUCUCUUUCUCUAUCAUGUGCAAACCAGAAGUGUGCUGAUUAGGAGGGCCUGGAAAUUCAAGCAAGUGAAUAAAUAUUAUGCCUUUGAAUUAAAUUUUUGAGCCAUGUAUUAUUGUGAAUAAUUUCAUCAAAUGGGUCAAUUUGGGAUAUUGAUUUUGAAUCUUCAUGGUUUUUGUGUUGAUUUAACCCCUUGAUGGCAUUGGACUUGGUUUGUAGACAUACAUGCUAUAGCAAAACCUGGGUUUGGGUUGAUCAGGACUACAGACUGAAGUUUUAAUUAGCAGUAGAAACUAGAAAGGAUCUAUGGAUCAUGUGUUUUGAUUUUUUUUUCUUGCUCUUGAUUUAAGCUCUUUAUUAGAUAUUUAAUGGCUUUUUCAUCUGAGCCAUCCUCUUCUUUGAGCUUUACUUCAUCUUCUCAUCUGUCAAAUGGUUCUACCACUCCCAACAUUUCCUCUUAUUCAGGCUCUGAAACUAGUCCCAAUCUUGAAUUGUUAUGUCUAAGCAAGCUCAGUUCUCAUUUAGAGCAACUUCUGGUUGACAAUGAUUGUGAUUAUAGUGAUGCUGAGAUAGUCGUUGAGGGUAUUUCUGUUAGUGUUCAUAGAUGUAUUUUAGCCUCCAGGAGUAAGUUCUUUCAUGAGCUAUUCAAGAAAGGAAAUGGAUCUUCCGAGAAAGGAGGAAAACCAAAGUAUAACAUGAGUGAGUUUUUGCCUUAUGGCAAGAUUGGAUAUGAAGCGUUUCUGAUUUUCUUGAGCUACUUAUACACUGGCAAGCUCAAGCCUUCUCCAAUGGAGGUGUCAACCUGUGUAGAUAAUACAUGUGCUCACCAUGCCUGUUCACCCACCAUUAAUUUUGCAGUGGAGUUGAUGUAUGCGUCAUCCAUAUUUCAAGUACCCGAGAUGGUUUCUCUGUUUCAGCGAUGUCUUCUAAACUUUGUUGAGAAGGCUUUUGUAGAAGAUGUUAUCCCAAUCCUUGUGGUUGCCUUCCAUUGCCAAUGUAGUCAACUUGUUUCUCAGUGUGUUGACAGGGUGGCACGGUCAGAUCUUGACAUUGUCUCAAUUGAGAAAGAACUUCCUUAUGAAAUUGCUGAGAGUAUUAGAUUGCUUCGAGUGAAGACUCCAACAGAUGAUGAAGAUGACAUGGUGCCUGUUGACCCUUUUCGUGAGAAGAGAAUCAGGAGAAUACUCAAAGCAUUAGACUGUGAUGAUGUUGAACUUUUAAAGCUUCUUCUGACUGAGUCUACCAUAACCUUAGAUGAUGCACAUGCCCUCCAUUAUGCUGUAGCAUAUUGUGAUCCUAAGAUGGUGUCUGAUGUUCUUGGCCUGCAGUGGGCUGAUGUAAAUCUGCUAAAUUCUCGUGGUUAUAGAGUUCUUCACAUUGCUGCAAUGCGUAAAGAGCCAUCAAUAAUAAUGUUACUUCUGACAAGAGGGGCUUCUGCUUCAGAAUUGACACUUGAUGGACGUAGUGCUAUUAACAUCUGUCGGAGGUUGACAAGACCAAAGGAUUAUCAAGCAAAAACAGAGCAAGGGAAGGAAACAAAUAAUGACCGGAUAUGCAUUGAUCUUCUUGAGAGAGAAAUGUGGGGGAAUCCCAUGGCUGGGAACAUAUCUGUCACCUCUCAAACACUGGCUGAUGAUCUGCACAUGCAACUUCUGAACCUAGAGAACAGAGUGGCACUUGCACGAUUGUUUUUCCCAACUGAAGCCAAGCUAGCCAUGUACAAUGCAAAUGCUGAGACAACAUUUGAGUUUGCUGGUCUUUCUGCAUCAAAAGGUUCAGGUGGGAAAUUCAGGGAGGUUGACUUAAAUGAGACACCCAUCAUGCGGAACAAAAGACUUCGUUCCAGGGUGGAGACCCUUAUGAAAACAGUGGUGUUGGGCCGGCGCUAUUUCCCGCAUUGCUCAGAAGUGCUGGAUAGAUUCAUGGAAGAUGACCUUCAGGAGUUAUUUUACCUUGAGACUGGCACUCCAGAGGAGCAGAAAAUAAAGAGAACACGUUUCAUGGAGCUUAAAGAAGAUGUUAAGAAGGCUUUCACUAAGGACAAGGCUGAGAAUGGCCGCUCAGGAUUUUCUUCAUCCUCCUCCUCAACCUCCUUAAGAGAUGCUGCAACUAACAGGCAAAGAAAAUUGUGAAAAAAUAAAAAGCCUUUACAGAAAGUCCAAUGACCGAAUGCUAAACUUUAGAAUGGUAUGGUUUCUGGUGUGAUAAUGUUAGCAUUAGAAUGGUAUAGUUUCUGGGGUGAUAAUGUUAGUGUAUAUGAUUGACUCCUGCUAUCCUGCACACUUUUAGGUGGAAAGACCUCCCCAUGUAACUAGCAAAGGGCAGUACCGCAGUAUAGGUAGGAAAAGCUUCCUACUAUUGAAAGUGCUGUAGGGAAUUAUGUUUUUUAAGUAAAAAGAAUAUCUAGUGCAGAAUCUUCAAGCAGGCAAAGAAUAUGGCUGUGUACAAGUUUUGUGGUGAUUGCAUCUUCUUUCAGGUUAUUUUAGCUUGCAAGCAUCUAUUCAAACCAUUUUAUGAACUCCCAUGGUGCCAUUGGCAUAUCAGACCUAUGAUGGACAUUGUUAACAGGAAGAAUAAAACCUGGAAUAAUUC